AUGCCUAGAAGGCAGAAGUCGAGAUCAGAAGGUGGUCAGAAUGAGCCCACGGAUACAAUAGUUGGGGAGCCAUUCUGCGGUUCUGAGGGUUAUAAGCGGAUUAAGACACAUUUCCCAUCAGCAAGAAUUAAGAAACUUAUGCAAAGUGAUGAAGAUAUUGGAAAAGUGGCACAAGCUACACCAGUUGCGUUGGGGAGGGCUUUGGAGCUCUUUAUGUGUACUUUAGUGGAGAAGGCGGUGAGCACAGCAAACGAAGAACAGACGAAAAAAGUGAAUGUUAAAGUUUUAAAGAAGACCAUCGAGGAGAAUGAGAAAUUUGACUUUAUAGUUGGUGUUUGCGACAAAUACCUUAAAUCGAACGAGGGAGGUAGAUAG